CGCCCACUGGUCCAAACGUAGGAGAAAAAAGCGUAGUGAGAACUUAAGAGUGACAGACAGAGGAGAAACCUCUUACCAGCGGCGAAGUUGAGUGAUUUAAAGUCAGCGCUGGGUGGAAACCCUUGGCCAUGAGAGUCUUAAUCGGAGGGGGCUCUGGCUUUGUGGGUCGUGAGCUGACACGCCUGCUCAGAGACAAAGGUCACGAGGUCACGUUGAUAUCCCGUCAGCCUGGUCCAGGAAGGAUAACAUGGAAAGAACUGGAGUCUCGCGGACUGCCGCCUUGUGACGGUGCCGUCAACUUGGCAGGAGAGAAUGUUCUUAACCCCCUUCGAUGGUGGAAUGAAAGCUAUAAAAAGGAUUUAUUCUCCAGUCGUAUUGACACAACUAAAGCUUUGUCUGAAGCCAUCGCUGCGUCUUCCAGCCCUCCUCACUCCUGGGUUCUGGUUUCAGGCAUAGCUUGCUACAAACCCAGUCUCACAGCUGAGUACACAGAAGACAGUGAGUGGAUGCCCUUUGACCUCCUCUCACAACUCGUCAAAGAGUGGGAGGCUGCAGCGUUUCUUCCUGAGAACGCAGCGAAAACCACCAAACAAGUUGUCAUUCGGGCCGGGGCAGUGUUGGGUCGAGACGGCGGUGCCAUGAAGCAGAUGCUGCUGCCGUUCUGGCUCGGUCUCGGAGGCACCUUGGGGUCUGGAAGACAGCCGUUCCCCUGGAUCCACGUCUCGGAUCUGGCAGGAAUCAUCGCUCGCUCUCUGGAGCCCCCAGCGAACACCGAAGCCCCGUCCCCCACACCGCAGGUGUACAACGGAGUCGCACCUGCGAUCACCACUAACCACGAGUUCACCAAGGAGCUGGGUCGGAUCCUGAGGCGGCCCACGAUCUUGCCUGUUCCCGAGUUCGUCUUGAGCGCCAUGUUGGGCUCAGAGAGGGCUGUGAUCCUCACUCAGGGCCAGAAAGUCAUUCCCCUGAAAACACUGGAGUCUGGAUAUCAGUUCAUGUACCCAGACUUGACCUUAGCUCUGAAACAGAUUGUAGGGAGUUAAUAACUGAUAUUGGAACUUUAUUUCAUCUUCUUUUCUGUAAAAACAUGAAUGAAAAUCAUUUACUGCCUUCUAUAUAUAUUGGUAAAAAUGUUGUAAGCUGCUUCAUUUUAAGAAAUGGGACUUUUUUCACAUUCAAUAAAAUAACUCGCCAGA